GAUUCGACCCGCAAGUCGAGUGUAUGUCCUGUUGCAACUCUCAGGGCCGGUCGUCGCAGAACGAAGCACCCUCCUAGACGUGUAUGUCCUGUUGCAACUCUCAGGGCCGGUCGUCGCAGAACGAAGCACCCUCCUAGACAUCUCUUGGUACCCUCAUACUUCACUCGGCAGGACGCCUACUGCAAUUCAGGGCCGGUCGUCGUGGAACGAAGUACCCUCCUAAAACUCGUGAGUAUGGGGGCAGAAUUCUCUAAGCCUCAGGUUGCGCACCUCCACGAACUUAGGGAAUUGACCAAGACCCGACUUAAUGGUGGGAAAAAUCUGGCCGUUCCCACCAAGUCAGACCUGAUCAGUCUGCUAAAAUAUAUUUAUCAACAAUGCCCAGCCUACCCCGAGGAAGGGUCACUUAAAGAAUCUGUAUGGAUUAAAUUAGGAACAUAUUUUCAUGAGUCCCCUAGGGCUCCGCCGAAAAUAUUGACCACUUGGCGGAUUGUCAUGGAAUAUUUAAAAAUACACAAGAAUACCAUGGUCGGGGCUUCAGACCCCCCGCCGCCAUAUCAAUCUGGCAUUCAGAACCCUCCCCAGAUAGAACCUGUAACGGUGGCACAAGUAGAAGCCACGGCCCCGGCUCAGACCGCUCCGAAAACAUCAGAAACACCUGCCGGCGCUAUUGCUCAAGCGCUGGCUAGAGCUAAACUUUCGGGCGAUUUAGAAUUGGAUGAAUAUGAAAUGUGCUACCCAGUAGAAUUUGACACAAAUGGGGCUCCAUAUAUCGAACCAGUCCCUAUGAAGUUAAUUAGGGAUAUUAAGCAAGCUGUCAAUACGUAUGGCAUUCAAAACUCUUAUGUCAUAGGGUUAAUAAGUAAUCUAGCCAACUCCUUUUACAUGUUGCCAUCCGAUUGGAAAAAUUUGUGUCGCAUGAUUUUGACAAGUUCACAGUUUGUGGUAUGGGAAUCAGAGUAUAAGAGGGAAGCAGAAGCCAUCGUUAGAAGAAUCGGGGGAAACUUGCAAUUGGAACAAUUGAUCGGCGAAGGACGUUAUGCUUCUCCUAAUAUCCAAAAGAACAUGUCACGCGCUGCAUUUGCUCAUUCUAGUUUAGCAGCGCAAAAUGCUUUUUCAAAGAUAGACGACCCAGGCUCUUCUGCCGCAGGGUCGUUCGCAAAAAUUUAUCAAGGGUCCAGUCAGUCCUAUGGAGAUUUCAUUGAUCAGUUGCAGAAGGCAGUUUUUAGAGAGAUCCGGAAUCCCAUAGCACAAAAGGAACUUAUAAAAAAACUAGCUUAUGAAAAUGCCAAUGAAGAUUGCAGACGUAUCAUUCAGCCUCUCCUCAGCAAGCCUGAUGCCGAACUGGCAGAUUACAUCCAAGCAUGCCGAAUCGUCGGCACCAAUGUCCACAACAUGGAAACUUUAGCAAUGGCAUUGCAAAACAUCAAAGGGGAGACGUUUAAAAAUGGAAACUGUUUUAACUGUGGCAAGCCCGGUCAUUUUCGAGCACAGUGUCGUGCCCCUGGGGGCGGCGCACAUCAGUCAAAUUCAAAUCAAAACAAGCCGAAAACUGUGUGCCCCCGUUGUAAAAAGGGCUAUCACUGGGCUUCCCUGUGUCGUGUGAAUCCCCCUCCCCAAUCUGCCAACAAUAACAACCAGAACCAGGGAAACUAGUGGGGGGGCACUCAGCCAGCCCUCUCCCCAAGGCUGAUUCUUUGGCUACAUUUAACUUAAAAGAAACCUUUAUAACAUCUAUGCAUGCUGUUGCUGCCGAAACUGUUUCUAUGCAAAUACCUGGUCUUACAUAUUUUCUUCCUCUUACUUUACCUGAUGUUUCUAUGCCGACAAAAGUCCCCUUGCUUUGCUAUCCGGCUAGAGACCUCAUCUCCCGCGGCGUUUUCGCUUCCCCUUUCUUGGUUGACUCCGAUGAUUUUUCUUCUCUGGCUCUAAUUUGCAUUGUUGACGCUCCUUUAGUCAUCUACAAGGAAGACCUGGCUGCAAUUGUGAUGCCGGUGGCCCUGGAGUUCGAUCCCCUCGCUUAUGAGGACAUGGAGCCGAUUGUUCCCCCCAACCCCUCUCUUAACAAUUACCGAAAGCACUUUCUUGACCACCAAUUGCUUGCUUUCACUUCCACUAUUCAUUCGGAUAAGCCUUUUGUUACCUUUGUGUUAAAUAAUCGUUCUUUUUCAGGCAUAAUAGACACCGGAGCAGAUAUUUCAGUAAUUAGAACCUCUGAGUGGCCUGCUGACUGGCCCACCACCUCUUCCCCUGCCGUCCGAGGCGUCGGAGGCAUCCAAACGGCCCGAAUUAGCACCUUGCCUCUGUUAGUCACUUCCUCUCACACCGACAAACAGGCACGUAUUCGCCCUGUCGUCCUUCCCCUGCAAGUUAAUCUUUGGGGUCGGGAUCUUUUAUCCCAAAUUGGGGCCACAUUAACCU